AUGGCGUCUUUGCUUGGGGAGAGACUGUUUGAAAUUAGUGGUCAGGGUCCGCCGCCUCAAAAGGAUUUUUUUCAGCUUGUCAUUACCAAAAACGAGGUAAUACUAACCUCAUGGAGGAUUUCUUUGCGACUUGAAUGCAGAGGUCUUCCCCCAAAUCAGCAGAAGACAUCUCAUCAGGACUUCCAAAAUGAUAAAACUCUACAGUAUGAAGUCGGUGCUGUUUUUGGGCAAAGGAUCCUGGAUUACACAGCAGCACUGUGUCAAGGAAAGUUUGAUUACCUGGAGCGUUUACCUGAUGACAUCAUGCUCCGAAUCAUGUCCUGCCUCGAGCUGAAAGAAGUGGCACUGCUGGCACAGACGUCACGCAGACUCAAAACGCUCUUCAGCUCUGAGAAGUUUUGGGAGCAGACUGUGAGGAACUGCGCUGGGUUUAACAGGGACAUUGAGGACAUAGCCAAUGCCAUGGGCUGGAAGAGCACCUUUCUAACUUUUUUCCACAACAGUGAUGAUAAAAAACAGCAGUAA